AUGGCCGGUCUCCAUCUGCCCCCGUCCGCUGCGGGGAACGCCUCUUCCUCCGAGUCCGGCUCGUCGAACCCUCGUUUCACGCCUGUUUCCAAUGGCUCUGAAGAGGACUAUCCGGUGUCGAAACCGGUGAACUCGCCCGUCGGAAACCUACGCCUACAAACCAAUUUCGAGGAUGGGAUGGACGCGGGCGGGUCUGUGUCUGAUAUCGAGGAGGAGAAUAGAUAUGAUUCUGCGGAGGAGCUUGAAGGGAAGGAUCGCAGGGCGCAGUCGAGGCCAAAAUUCACACUGGAAGAGGAGAGGGAGGUGUUGAAGGUCUUUGACAGGAGGCUGGUUCCGUUCUUGGCACUUCUCUACUUGCUUGCAUUUUUGGACCGUUCGAAUAUUGGGAAUGCCAAAAUUGCAGGGCUGCAGGAUGACCUCCAGCUUUCGUCUGGCCAAUAUGAAUGGCUACUCACCGCUUUCUAUAUCACUUACAUCCUCUUCGAAUGGAUGACACUGAUGUACCGCCUGGUACCUCCGCAUAUCUACAUCUCUCUGUGUGUGUUUAGCUGGGGUUUGGUGGCAUCUUUCCAGGCUCUGGCAACCUCCUUUGAAGGUCUUGUCAUCCUGCGUGCAUUGCUCGGCAUUGCCGAAGCAGCCUUUGGCCCGGGUGUUCCGUUCUACCUGUCGCUAUUCUACCGGCGUGAUGAACUUGCUUUCCGAAAUGGACUUUUCAUUUCAGCUGCGCCGUUGGCAACAUCCUUUGCUAGCAGCUUGGCCUGGUUCAUUGUCAAGACUAGCAGUGAUGGCCCUAUCUCUCCGUGGCGUGCCCUUUUCCUUGUCGAGGGGUUUCCUAGUGUGAUCGUUGCUGUAUUCGCCUGGAUCCUCAUUCCGGAUUCUCCAGGUCGUGCUCGAUUCCUUACUCGCCGGCAGAGGGUGGUGGCUCGGCUUCGCAUGGAACAUGGCGAGCCUGACUACCAGCAGUCUUCUGCCAAGCGCUUCAAUUGGAGGGAGAUUUUGAAGACGGCUGCUGAUCCUAAGGCAUACAUGGCCGCUCUCAUGUUCUUCAGCUGUAACGUUGCCUUUAGCUCGAUGCCGGUGUUUCUGCCGACUAUUAUCAAAGAUAUGGGCUACUCUUCUCUCAACGCCCAGGCUCUCUCUGCACCACCGUACCUGGUCGCAUUCGUCGUCGUCUUAGCUACAGCAUGGGCCUCGGACCGCAGUCGCAGUCGUAGCCCUUACCUCAUCGCUCACGCGCUCAUUUCCUCCCUCGCAUACUUCGCCAUUGCCGCAACAGGGUACUUCCAGGCCCACUUAUCCACCGAGGUAAACACCUUUAUCCGAUACAUCUGCGUCUACCCAGCUACGGCCGGGUUCUUCUCCGCCAUCACACUGAUCAUCACCUGGUCGAUGGACAACCGUGUCGAGAAGGAAGGCAAAGGUGCCAGCAUCGCUAUUCUGAAUAUCAUUGGGCAAUGUGGCCCCCUCCUAGGUACGAGGUUGUACCCCGAGUCCGACGGGCCGUGGUACAUCCGCGGUAUGGCAACGUGCUCCUUCUUCAUGGUGCUCGUUGCAAUCCUGGCGCUCGGUCUUCGACUUCUCUUGCAACGAGCCAACCGCAGGACUGUAGAUACCUUGUACCAGGCUGUUGAUCAAGCCGGGCCUGCUCAUUCUGGAGAGGAAAGAGAUGAGCUUAUGGGAGGUGGGCGGAGAGAUGAUCUAGAGCAUCAUACCGGUGAUCGCCGGCUUGUUUAUAUUAUUUGA